UCUUCAGUUAAUUUAUUGCAAUUCUUUUUAAGUAACUACUUCAAUUUUUUUACUAAAAUAACUAACAAAGUUAGAAAUGUGUUUUUAAAUACGUAGAAGUGAUGAUUUGUUUUCAGAUGAUGUUACACUCAUUAGCUAUAUACUUUUUAGUUGCAUUUACUGUUUUUUCUAAAGGAUAAUUAAUAAAUAAUAAUUAUGUAUUUAGAAGUUCACUUUUCAGAUGUAACCCAACCAGGAGUUGUAAUUAUGACAAGACAUGGAGAGAGUGAAUGGUCGAAAAAUGAUAUUUUUUGUGGAUGGUAUGACGCUUUGUUGACUGAUAUAGGAAAAACUCAGGCUCAUGAGUGUGGAAAAUUAAUAAAAGAUGCAGGUUAUAAAAUAGAUGUAAUUUUUACGUCAUUUCUAACCAGAGCAAAUCAAACAGUAAACAUAAUAAAGAAAUGUAUUGAUGGGUCUGGUAUACCGGUAAAAGAAUCGUGGAGACUCAAUGAACGGCACUAUGGGGAUUUAACUGGCUACGUUAAAAGCGAAGUAGUUAACAAAUAUGGCAUUGAUAUAGUUAAUAAUUGGAGGAGAAGUUAUAAUGAACUACCUCCUGUGAUGAGCUCGGACCACGAGUAUUAUAUGAAAAUUUGGAGUAAUCCUAAAUUAAAUGCCGCUGAAGACUUGAACAUACAAGAAUUUCAUCACUCUGAAUCACUCAAAACAACUUUAGAAAGAGUAAAACCUUACUGGGAAGGUGAAAUUUCUCCUUAUAUAAGUGAAGGAAAAACAAUAUUAAUCGUGACUCAUGGUACUAUAUUGCGAGCAUUAUCCAAGAUUUUAAGUGGUUUUACUGAACAAGAAACUUGUAAAAAAGAAUUUCCAACUGGUAGACCUUUAAUUUACACAUUCGAUAAAAAUAUGAAUGUAAUCACAUCUAUGCAGUUUUUGGGUGAUCAGAAAUACGUUGAAAAAGCUAUUUCUAAGCUACAUCAACCAGUUUAUUACAAUAAUAAAUAUAAUAAUUAAAUAAUUCAUAUUUUGUAUAAGACUUAGCUACUAUGUUUUUGUAUAUUCGAUAAACUUUUUUUAGCUUCGAUACAAACUUGAGAAGGUAUUAAUUUUACAAUAAGGUUUAUUUUUUUUUAUGGCUGUCACCACUUUUUCUCAGCUCUCAUUGGACCGAUUUCUUUCAACGAUAAGUCAAAAUAUCACAAAUCAUAUCAAAUUGAAGACAUUACCCUUAAAAACUGAAAAAUUUCUCUCGUUCUCUGUUAAUAGGAAAAAUCUCCAAAAAAAUUACAUUUUUUUUAAAAUCAGUGAAUUUUAACAUUUUUUUUCUUAAAACUGACAUAAAAUAUUCAAAAAUGAACAAAUGAAAAUAAUUUUUUUUUAUAUAAAAACCAUACGUAUUUUUCUUUUAUUUGAUAUACAUUUUUUUUAAAUCUGAUUGUUUACCUGCCCACAUGGGAGGAUUUAAAAUAGAAAUUUUUUUACAGAAGUCAAUUUUUUCAACUUUUAAAAAUGUUCCCGAAAUACUGCGUCCUUUACAUAUGUUAAAUUAAAGCUUUUGUUACGUAUUAUAAGUUUAAAAAAUCAAAUUUGUCCGGACGACCUAUCUUCUAUGUGCAAAUGGCCGUCAAAGUUGAAAAAAUUUAUUAAAUAUUUAUUUAUAUAUUACACUUAUAUAUCAUAAAACUUGUAAUCAGGAUAUAAAUACGGAAAUAGUAGUUCAUUUUGCUAUUGAUAUAAUCCCCUAAUUUCUUAUAUAAUAAAAUUAAAAAUAAUUAAUAAAAAAAAAAAAUACUGAUCCUUUAAUUUUAAACAAGUAUUAAAUUAUUUUUAUCUCUUUUUCAUGUUUAGUGUAAAUACUCGACUAAUCCUAAGUUCCUUAAAACACCUGAUAAAGUAUUUUUGGUGCAUAACAUUAAAGUUAUUAUCAUGAUUUUUUAAUGAAGAGUCUUAAAUAAUAAUUACAUUUUUUUGUAUGAUACUUUUUUGUUUACCACCAGCCUGAAAUGUAUUUAUAACAUAAUAAAUUGGAGAAUUUAUAACUCAAUUAACACUUAAUACAAUUUGGUUUUUGACAAAUACGAAUUUUAUGUAAAUAUAAGCUUAAAAUAUCAAAAUCAGAAGAAAAUCUUAUAUAAUUUAAUUAU